CCUAUUCAUUCUUAUCCUCAGAUUGCCAUGUACAGUACAUAUGUAUAAACUGAUAAAUGUGGAUAAGAUACAGAGAAAAUAAAACAUAGCAAUAAACAAAAAAUAUGAAUUUGACUUUGUACAACAGCAUUUUCUAGAAAGUUGUGAUGUUUAGUUUAGGUUGUCACUGUCAAAACUUAGGUACUACGAAGUUAAAGUUAAACCUGUUUCAUGCUGCUAGACUUUAGUACCUUUAAUAAAAUGCUUCAUGAAUUUCCAGAAGGAGUGGGGGAUAGGCUGUUCAGUAUUUUCCAAACUUAUUUGACCAUGGAGUUCCUUUCUUUUCUAGCCAUCUCAUGUGAUUACUGUUCUACGGAACACACAUUGGGAAGCUUUGUUAUGGAUGUUUUUCUAGGAAACCCCCAAUUAAAGAGCAGAGAGAACCAAUUUAUAUUUGUGUGUAGUAAGAAAGGCUUCAUGGAGGAAACAGUUGUUCAAAAAAGAUGUGAAGCAGGUGAAAGAAGGCAUCUCAAAUACAAACAAAGGUGUAAAAGAAUCAGAAGCAGAGAGUAAACAAUCAGAAGUACACAUAGACAAGUGAGGAUGGAAAAGACAAAGAGAAGCAAAGAAGCAGUAAAAACCAUGAUUUUUGAGACAUGGUGGGGAGGGGAAGGUAUAUUGAAAACAAAGUAACUAUGUAUGUAUAGGCACAAAAGCUACAAUAGAUAGUGAUUGUAACACUGGACCAAAAUCACUUUUUUGUAAUACUGGUAUUAGUAUAUUUUCGGAUUUAUUCAAAGCUUUUAGAAUUCAAAAAUUGAAGUUAAGUCUGUGAGCCCAGAUUUUUAAUGUAUUUCAUAUUUUAAAACAUCAAGUAAAAAUGUAAAUUUAUAAAAACAUAACUAUUAAGCAUAGAUUAUCAUUGUAAUGUAAAUCAUCAGCUCCUCCUGGUUUUGCUGCUUCCUUUGACUUUGGUCUUUUUGUCUGAGGUACCUUUAUAAUUGCUUUGUGUGAUGUAGCUGGUUGGGUUGGACUUUAGUAUCUUCUUGCCAUAUUUAACUCCCCUGACCAGUGCUUUCGGAGCCACCUGUCUAUGUUCAGUAGUUCAAAAUUGCCGAAGUUUUGACUUCUUUCUUGGCCAACUUGGGAAACGUUUCCCUAAUGGAGUUUAAAUCCUUUCUUUUCCCUAGGAGAGAUUCUUUGUUACGGAAGGUUCUUUCCCUCAGGUUCAGACUCUCCCUAUAAGUGGGCCAUGACAAAGGUAGAGGGGGGUGAGUCAGGGGAGUUUCCUGAACUGCAUAGGAAGUAGGGUAAGGAGUUUGUGGUGAAAGUGAGAGGAAUGGGAGUGGGUGAGUAGGUAGGAAAGAGAUAAAGACAACUAAGGACAACGAAUGAACUGCUUUUGUAUUAUGCCAACAAAAAUAUUGUAUUUUGGUCUUUAAAAUAGCAAUACCUGAAACUGAUAUUACAGUUUCCAAAAAUAAAUGAUAAUAUGUUUGGGGGAAAUGUUCAGGAGCCACUAUAAUAAUCUAACCAAAUGACAAAGAUUUGAAAGAAUAUAACUGGUAGUGGAGAGGACAGAUAAGAUCUAAGAGGUAUUUAGAAAGUAGAAUUCGGCAGAACUUGCUGACCAGUUGGAUGUACGGGAUGAAGUUAGAGGAAAGCUUGGAAGAUGGAUCCUGUGGAUUCUGUCUUGGGUGACAGGAAAUUUGGGAGGAAAUAGAUGAUAAAAGCAGGCUUGCACACAUGGAGUUGGAGUGUCUGGAGGGCAUCUGAGACAAGUUGUUUAAUAGAUAAUUAACCAUUUUAAUAGUGCUUAUAAUCCUAAUAUUGGCUAAUAUUUAUUGACAGUUAUAUACUUGAUGAAAUUCUAGGAGUUUUUUGUGUAUUUUGUCAUGUAAUCUUGAGAAAAACCUUUGAAUAAGUGGGUACUAUUAUUUCAUUGUAUAGAUGAGAAAAGCAUCUCAUUGUAUAGAUGAGAAAAGGUCAUGCAGUUGGAAAUAGGGGCUGGGCUUUGAAACUAGUCCUGACUAACUUAAAUAUGUUCAUAACCACUAUAUUGUAUUUGGGAGGGAGCUUUGGACUAGAGAUGGAGACUUGGGAAUUGUAAUCAUAUUGGUAGUAGUUAAUGAAUGAGCACUUCAAGGGACACAGUAUUUUAAGUGAGAAGAGAAAAGGGCCAGUGAAAGAACUUGGGAAACACCAGAGUUUCAGAAGAAAAGGUGUCCUAGGUAGAGGAGAAGAUCAGAGCAAAGUAAUUUCUCAGAAAUUAAAGGAGGAGAAAGUUUGCCAGUGGAGUUUCCAAGGAACAUGGUUCUGGGAAAAGGCAUGAUUGUACUGGGGAGAAGGGUGAAUAGGACAAUUUCUGUUUCUGAUGAUAUGACAAACUAGAUAUUUUGCAGAGAGACUACAUUUUUUUUGCCCUAAAAAAUAACUAAAUCCUGCAGAAAUUGUAACAAACAUAACUUUUAAAAAUAAACUUUAUUCUAGAAUAGCUUUAGGUUUACAGAGAAGUUGCAAAGAUGGUAUAGAGAGUUCUAGUAUACCCUGCACCCAGUUUCCCCUGUUGUUAACAUCUUACAUUGGUAUAUGGUACAUUUGUUACAGCUAAUGAACCAAUACUGAUAGGUCAUUAUUAACUAGAGUCCAUACUUUAUUUGUGGAUUUCCUUAGUUUUUGCCAAAUGUCUUUUUCUAUCCCAAAAUCCCAUGCAGAAUUCCACAUUACAUUUAGUCAUCAUGUCACUUCAGGCUCCUUUAGACUGUAAACAGUUUUGAGGAGUAUUGAUCAGGUAUUUUGUAGAAUGUCCCUCUAUAUGGAUUUGUCUGGGGAAUUCUCUGGUGGUCUAGUGGUUAGGACUCUGCGCUUCCACUGCAAGAGGGCCUGAGUUUGAUUCCUGGUUGGGGAACUAAGAUCCCUCAAGCCGCUAGGUGCGGCCCAAAUGAAUAAACAAAAAUAUGUGUUUGUCUGAUAUAUAUAUUUUUUCAUGAUUAAUUGGGGCUAUAGGUUCUUGGAAAGAACACAGGAAAAGUGCCAUUUGCAUCACAUCGCGUCAAGAGUAUCCUGUCAACAUGACUUAUCACUGAUGAUGCUAACCUUGAUCACCUGGCUGAGGCAGUAUUUAUCACCUGCCUAUCCCCACCGUUUGAAUCUCUUUUACCUUGCCAAUGAUGUCAUACAGAACUGUAAAAGGAAAAACGCAAUCAUAUUCCGUGAAUCGUUUGCUGAUGUACUUCCGGAAGCAGCUGCUCUAGUGAAGGAUCCAUCUGUCUCUAAGUCUAUAGAACGAAUCUUUAAAAUCUGGGAAGAUAGAAAUGUAUACCCAGAAGAAAUGAUUAUGGCGUUAAGAGAAGCUUUGAGUACCACUUUCAAAACUCAGAAGCAGCUGAAAGAAAAUCUGAACAAACAACCGAAUAAGCAGUGGAAGAAAUCACAAACAUCCACGAAUCCAAAAGCUGCUCUCAAGUCUAAGAUAGUUGCUGAAUUUCGAUCUCAGGCCCUCAUUGAAGAGCUGUUGCUGUACAAGCGCUCAGAAGAUCAGAUAGAAUUGAAAGAAAAACAGCUGUCAACUAUGAGGGUGGAUGUGUGCAGCACAGAAACUCUCAAAUGCUUAAAAGAUAAGACAGGUGGGAAGAAAUUCUCCAAAGAAUUUGAAGAGGCAAGUGCCAAGCUGGAGGAAUUUGUGAAUGGACUAGAUAAGCAGGUGAAAAAUGGGCCCUCACUAACAGAAGCACUUGAAAAUGCUGGAAUUUUCUAUGAAGCACAGUACAAAGAAGUAAAAGUGGUGGCCAAUGCAUAUAAAACCUUCGCUAAUCGAGUGAACAAUUUAAAGAAAAAGCUGGAUCAAUUGAAGUCAACCCUUCCUGAUCCUGAGGAAUCACCAGUCCCUUCCCCAAGCAUGGAUGCUCCCUCCCCAACUGGCUCUGAGUCUCCUUUUCAAGGAAUGGGAGGUGAGGAAUCCCAGUCACCAACCAUGGAGAGUGAGAAAUCUGCCACACCUGAGCCUGCAACAGAUAAUCGUGAUGUGGAAGACAUGGAACUCUCAGAUGUGGAAGAUGAUGGGUCAAAAAUCAUUGUAGAAGACAGGAAGGAAAAACCUGUGGAGAAGUCAGCUGUAUCCACUGCUGUACCUACAAAGCCAACAGAAAGUAUCUCAAAGGCCUCUUCAUGCACUCCAGUGCCUGUGACCAUGACAGCAACCCCACCUCUUCCAAAGCCUGUGAAUACUUCUCUUCUCUCCCCUACUCCAGCACUGGCUUUGCCAAACCUGGCUAAUGUGGAUCUGGCAAAGAUCAGUUCCAUCCUUAGCAGCCUGACAUCAGUCAUGAAAAAUACUGGGGUCAGUCCUGCAUCAAGACCUUCUCCAGGAACUCCUGCAAGUCCCAGCAACCUCACCAGUGGUCUGAAAACACCUGCACCUGCCACGACAACAUCUCAUAACCCUCUAGCAAAUAUCCUCUCGAAGGUGGAGAUCACCCCAGAGAGCAUUCUGUCUGCUCUUUCCAAAACCCAGACACAGUCAGCCCCUGCACUGCAAGGCCUGUCAUCUUUACUUCAGAGUGUUACUGGGAACCCAGUUCCAUCCAGCGAAGCUGCAUCCCAGAGCACUUCGGCUUCCCCUGCCAACACCACAGUCUCUAGCAUAAAAGGAAGAAAUCUGCCCUCCAAUACCCAAUCCUUUAUUCCGAAAAGCUUCAGCUAUUCCCCUAAUUCAUCAACUUCUGAAGUCUCUUCAACUUCAGCCAGCAAGGCCUCAAUUGGGCAAAGCCCAGGGCUCCCCAGCUCUACUUUCAAGCUACCAUCCAACACUCUGGGGUUUACAGGUACCCACAAUACUAGCCCUGCUGCCCCACCUACUGAAGUUGCCAUGUGCCAAUCUUCAGAGAUCUCCAAGCCAAAGCUGGAGUCAGAGUCCACCUCCCCAAGCCUGGAAAUGAAGAUCCACAACUUCUUAAAAGGUAAUCCUGGUUUCAGUGGGUUAAACUUAAACAUCCCAAUCCUGAGCAGUUUGGGAUCCAGUGCCCCAGCAGAAAGCCAUCCCUCAGACUUCCAGCGUGGCCCUACUAGCACAUCAAUCGACAACAUUGAUGGAACCCCUGUGCGGGAUGAACGGAGUGGGACACCCACCCAGGAUGAGAUGAUGGACAAGCCCACAUCCAGCAGUGUAGAUACCAUGUCCCUGCUUUCUAAGAUCAUUAGCCCUGGUUCCUCAACACCCAGCAGUACAAGAUCACCACCCCCUGGGAGAGAGGAAAGCUACCCUCGAGAGCUCUCCAAUUCUGUAUCUACAUAUCGACCCUUUGGCCUGGGCAGUGAAUCACCCUAUAAGCAGCCUUCUGAUGGAAUGGAGAGACCAUCUUCCCUGAUGGACUCUUCACAGGAGAAAUUCUAUCCGGAUACUUCUUUCCAGGAAGAUGAAGAUUACCGAGAUUUUGAGUAUUCAGGGCCUCCACCCUCUGCCAUGAUGAACCUAGAGAAGAAACCAGCCAAAUCUAUCCUGAAAUCAAGCAAGCUUUCUGAUACCACCGAGUACCAGCCCAUCUUGUCCAGUUACAGCCACAGGGGCCAAGAAUUUGGGGUAAAGUCUGCCUUCCCUCCAUCUGUGAGGGCCCUCCUGGACUCUAGUGAGAACUGUGACCGUCUCUCGUCUUCCCCUGGGCUUUUUGGUGCCUUCAGCAUAAGAGGGAAUGAACCUGGGCCUGACCGGUCACCAUCACCGAGUAAGAAUGAUUCAUUUUUCACCCCUGACUCCAACCACAAUAACUUGUCUCAGUCUACCACUGGGCAUCUCAGUUUGCCACAGAAGCAGUACCCAGACUCUCCUCACCCAGUUCCACAUCGUUCCCUUUUCUCUCCGCAGAAUACCCUUGCUGCUCCCACGGGCCACCCACCCACGUCAGGCGUGGAGAAAGUCCUGGCCUCCACCAUUUCCACCACAUCGACGAUUGAGUUUAAGAAUAUGCUUAAAAAUGCCUCACGAAAGCCCUCAGAUGAUAAACAUUUUGGCCAGGCCCCCAGCAAGGGCACUUCAAGUGAUGGUGUCAGUCUCUCAAACCUCUCCCAGCCCAGCUUGACAGCCAGUGAUCAGCAGCAGCAAGAAGAGCACUACCGCAUAGAGACCCGAGUCUCCUCCUCCUGCUUAGACUUGCCUGAUAGUACGGAAGAAAAGGGGGCCCCUAUAGAGACCUUGGGUUAUCAUAAUGCAUCCAAUAGGAGGAUGUCAGGGGAGCCAAUACAGACUGUAGAGUCCAUCCGAGUUCCUGGGAAGGGAAAUAGAGGACAUGGGCGUGAGGCUUCAAGGGUGGGUUGGUUUGAUCUGAGCACCUCAGGCAGCUCUUUUGACAAUGGCCCCUCAAGUGCCUCUGAGUUGGCAUCCCUUGGGGGUGGGGGCAGCGGAGGCCUCACUGGCUUUAAAACAGCACCAUACAAAGAACGAGCACCCCAAUUUCAGGAAAGUGUCGGCAGCUUUCGUUCCAACAGUUUCAACUCAACAUUUGAGCAUCAUCUCCCCCCGUCCCCAUUGGAACAUGGGACACCCUUCCAGAGAGAGCCAGUGGGGCCAUCAUCUGCCCCACCUGCUCCUCCUAAGGAUCAUGGUGGUAUCUUCUCUCGAGAUGCACCCACUCAUCUACCCUCUGUGGAUCUUUCGAACCCCUUCACAAAGGAGGCAGCCCUGGCCCAUGCUGCCCCACCUCCUCCUGGAGAGCACAGCGGAGUUCCUUUCCCCACCCCACCCCCUCCUCCGCCCCCUGGGGAACAUAGCAGCAGUGGCGGGAGUGGCGUCCCUUUCUCCACUCCUCCUCCUCCUCCGCCUCCUGUUGACCACUCUGGGGUUGUACCCUUCCCGACCCCACCACUGGCAGAGCACGGAGUGGCGGGGGCUGUGGCAGUAUUUCCCAAGGACCAUAGUUCCCUCCUUCAGGGGACCCUGGCUGAUCAUUUUGGGGUGCUCCCAGGACCCAGGGACCAUGGGGGCCCCACCCAACGGGACCUCAACGGCCCUGGCCUUAGCCGUGUACGCGAGAGCCUGAGCCUACCCUCCCUUUCUCUGGAGCACUUGGGCCCAGCCCAUGGAGGAGGAGGUGGGGGAGGCAGCAGCAACAGCAGCGGCCCCCCCUUGGGUCCCUCACACAGAGACGCCAUCAGCCGGAGUGGUAUGAUCUUGCGGAGUCCCCGGCCAGACUUCCGGCCUAGGGAACCUUUUCUCAGCAGAGACCCUUUUCACAGUUUAAAGAGACCCAGGCCACCUUUCGCUAGGGGCCCUCCGUUCUUUGCACCAAAACGCCCAUUCUUCCCUCCCAGGUACUGAUGGAAACUAAGGGAAAGGCAUUUUGAACAGUCUAGAGAGAAUUGGAAGUAGGAGUUUGGUUUAUUAUUGUUGUUUUUGUUUGUUUUCCCUCCUUUGAUUUAUUUUUUCUUUUUUUUUAUUAUGACAGAGGACCUCCCUUCCAAAUUAAAAAGUCCCAUGUGCAUAUGCCCACAUUUCACUAUUCCAUCCAGUCCUGCCUCCCACUGCACUUACACCCACCUUCUCCAACUUGUUUGUAUUUUAAGGGGGUGGGGGGGCAAAGAAACACAACCAAAGCCACUUCAUUUGGCUGGGGGUUUGAGGGGUGGGGAGGAAAACAGCUCGUAUCUUACCCCAUCUAUGGAAGAGUAUUAUUACAUUUGAAAUAAAACUUCCAUCAGUACAGAUAAUAACAUGUGCAAUGUUGGGAUGUUAUUUUGGGCUUGGCAUGUCAAAAGUAGUCAGUGGAAGGAUUCCUGUCCCCUUCUCUCUGCAGCUCCGUUACUGCUGUAACCAGUGUGGCUCUCUUCCCUGUAUGCUCUGUGGCCUGCUGACAGCCAGGAGAUGUUGCAGGGGAGAAAUGUGGGAGACCUGGGACCUGUCAAGUUGUUUUGUUCUGCUUUGUUUUGUUUUUAAAGGCAUGUUGCAGUUGAGUUCUUUACCUCUCUCCUAAAAUCUAAAGCUUUUUUUUUUCUUCUUUUUUUUCCUCUUCUAAAGUACUAUCAGGCAGUAACUUUGAGGAGAUACGGACCUCAUUUUAUCCUAGUAAAAAAUUUUCCUCUUUAUACUUGGAGUGAAAGAAAGGGGGCUGGAUAUAAUUUAAAGUUUAAAAUAAGGAGUAGCUACAAUAUAGAGCGCUAGAGAAAGGAACUGUUAAAUGGUGUGUUGUGACCUGCCCAUCUGUCAUAAACAAGGAAACAUUUCUGAGGUAGUUUCACACAUCUUGCACCAAGUUCUUGCUUCCUGCUUUUCUUUCUUGACUUUUUCCUCCCUCAGUUUUCAUUUCUGCUUUAGCCAGAGAGAAAGUCACUACAGUUGACAAUUGAUAUGAAGGUGUAACUGAAAUGUUAUCAAAUAUUAUCCCUGUAUUUUUUAAUAAGUACACAUUUUUACCAUGGUGCCUCCCUAACGUAAGUGACAUUUAUUGGUAGUUUUCAGCAAAAGUUAACUACAAGGGAAAGGGAAAUAUUUGUCUUUAUCUUUCUUUUCCCCUUGACCUAGUCCUGUAUUCACCCCUCUUCUUGGUAUUUCGAAGGAGGAAGUUCAGUAGCAUCUUUCUUUAUAUUAUACCUCUUUAGAUCUGUCUUAGUGACAAGUGGAUAUUAUUAUAUGUAUCUUUACAGAGAAACAGGAGGACCCGAUAAAUUCAAAUUUACCCCACUCUACAGAUAGCAGCCUGUCACAUUUCAAGGCUCAAUCCUUAACCUCACCUCCCACUCUCAAUAGAAAAUAAUGUUUCUGCCCUUAGUCAUUUUCCACGAGAAAGGAAUGCUUUUCUUGUCCCUGAACUGAAAGGCUUCUUAUUUGUAUUUCUACAACUAGUACUGGGAAAAAGACAAUCACUGCAUUCUGAGUGUUUAUAUCUAGGGACACUGAAAGGCAAAUGUUGCUUUACUACUCUUUUUUAUUUAGUGUCUUACCCCAAGGUACACACUGGUCAUCUCCAGCCAGAUGAGUAAAAAAAAAGGAAAUUCUAGCAAGUUUCAUGUUUUCUUCCAAGUUAGUAUAGGAGUAACUGUAGGAAGUAUGGGGAUUGCCCUGGAUUCCUCCAGCGAAAUAUUAAAGAUGGGAGAGAGUGGGCAGUGUAGUGACAGAAGAUGAUUAUUUGUCUCAAAAGGAACUUGCUUUUCAGAUAAAGAGCGUUUCAGAUAAAGAGCAGCUUAAACCAGGUGUGCAUCAUAGUUUGGGAGUUUUUGUGUAAUUUAUUCCAUAUUAUUUAUUUGGGCUCGUCAUGUUUUCUUUGGUUAGGAUCCUGCAAGUCAUUCAUCUUCCUAAUGCGUUUCUGGUUUUAAGCCAACUGUUCUUUCUUUCUUUGACCUUCUCAAGCCUCUCUGCCCUGUAGCUUCCCCCCCCCACCCCCCGCAAAAAUGCAUGAUACCACGACCUCGUAAGUGGGGUGGGGUAUAUAGUGUAGCAAAGCAAAGAAACAGUACAGUUAUAUUGAGUCCUAAGACAUUUGUUUAGAGAAAAGUAUAAGAGAGUGUGAGGGUGGGGGUGGGGGCAGGGAAAGGGAGAGUUCUCUCUGACUCGAAACUGGGAUAGGAUUUUUCUUCCUUUGCAGAAAAGUGGGAUGUUUUUUUAUUCUAGAAUAAAAGAAUGUGAAUUCUUUUUGCUGCUCUCGUUUAAGCUAAAAGUAGUGUUUACUUGAAAAGGCUCUCUGACCAUUUGAUUUUAUCAGAAAAUGCGGGGUUGUCAGGACAGUGGCUUCCUGAAUGUUGGGGCAGGGCUAUUGUCCUCAAAAGCAUGAUAGCUAAUCCAUGAAAGAAGGACCUUGUUGUACAGUUUAAAAGAUGGACUUUUAAGGGUUGGUUUUUUUGUGGAGUGUUUUUUUUUUUUUUUUUUUAAGCCACAGAAUCCUCAGUGCAUUUGUUUCAAGAUGGAAGUGAGGAUUUGUAUGUGACUUGUCAGCUGUUGUUAACUUUAAGGAAAUCUGUCUACAGCAGUAAAUGAAGACAACAAUGUAUAUAUGUGAUAUAGUGAAACAAAAAAGACAAUUCUGGUAUUCAUAACAUGAAACAAAGGGGUUUUAUUCUUUCUUUGUCUGUGAUUUAAAACUCCGUGCCCAUGCUCUGACUUUUGUAUUUCAACCUGAGUUUAAAAAAUAAACAAGAUUUUUUUAAAGAAAGCAUAGCAUAGUGUAUCUUGGCAAGGACAUGAUUCAUAUGCAAGCAGAAUAUGUGAAGUUGUUACUAACGUCCUUGGUGCUCACUGUAAAAUCACAGACAGAGAAUCAGUGGGUGGGGGUCAUGAAUACACUGGUACCACUUAAAACACAGUGAUACAGUAUCAGAAAUUGAGUCCUUGAGUAUUUUGUAAGAGUUUACUCUUCAGUCAGCUUAGAUGAAACCUGUCUCCCUGCUCCCCUCUGCCCUCCCAAAAGUUGAGAAUAAACAGAAUUUGGUUUGUUUCCAGGGAGGGUAAAAUGAUAAGAGAAUAGGCCUUUUAUCCUUUCCGAUCCCAGGAGUACAAUGUUUGUGAUAUAUAUGGUACAGCAAACCUAUCGAGAUAAUGUGAAUAUGCUAAACUUCUAAUCGCAAAAUAUUCACUAUCAAUCCUGAAGUUACUGGUUCAUGCAGAAUUAAGCUUCAGCUGUUAUUGUUUUGAAGCCGCUGUAAAUGACUGCUUUUUCCCCCUUUUUCUUCCCCUCCUCCCCCUCCCCCCUUUUUUCGAAUGGGCUGGGGUGCCUGUUAAGAUUAAAAUUAGAUAUGUUGGAUUGAUAUUCUCACGUGUUCAGUGUGGAAAACAAAACAAGUACAUGCUUUAGAGGCAACAACAAUGAAAUCCUUUUGAAAUGUGUAUUAAUAUCAUUUAAUAAAAUAACUAGUUCUAAAGGUUUGACAUUUUUCUUUGAGAUCUGGGGCUUUGACCAAGGGCCCCUGGCUUCUCUGGUGAGUGCCAAUAGGAGGGAACUUCUCCAGGAGUUGAAACCGCUGCUUUGUGGAACAGGCCUAUGGUUGGAAAGACCUAAAUUUUCUCCAGCAAAGACCCUCCAUGACUGUCCAGGGCUGAAGGUGAAACCAGCUACAGAAUGCAGGAAGAAAAGCCUGGAUAUAUCUCUGAAGAUACAAUUGUAUUGGCUUUUUGGUCUAAGAGUGCAUGGAGGGUAGAGGGGCUGGUGUAUGUGCCUGCACGGUUCUAAGGCAAACACAGAUGCCACAGACCACCCAUCUCAUCCCUUCCUUGUGACCACUUGCCCUUCCCUCUCUUCCAGCCAUUCCUCUUUUUUUUUUUUUUAAAUCUCUUUGCCCCCAAAAUUGUUUUUGUUUCCUGUUUAAUAAAGUAUGGUUUCCUUUGU